UACUAACUAGAUCAAGGAGGCAUUAUUUUUCUCUGUCCUCCAGACCACCAUAUUAACGUGAAAACGAAGAAAAUUCAGACUUCGUUGAGAAUAUUUUCUUUUCAUCAUAGACUUGUAACCAGUUGAGCUAUGCGCACUGCUAUCAUGGCCUCCGCAGAACCUAAGUUGGAGACUGCACCCUUUGACCCCCGUUUCCCCAACACCAACCAGACAAAAUACUGCUACCAGAGCUACCUAGACUUCCACCGGUGCCGCAAGAUUAGAGGGGAGAGCUACGAACCUUGCAACUACUUCAAGAAGGUGUUCACUUCCAUGUGCCCGCACGGCUGGGUGGAGAAGUGGGACGAUCAGUUGGAAGGUGGCAGUUUCCCCGGGAAAAUAUAAACAUGUAUUCCUACCUCUAGUACAUUCUACAAAAUAAUAGAUAUGUUAUUGUUGUGUUCAUUAAAAUCCAUUUUGUUAAA